AUGAGUCUUAAACCACUUCACUACGAUACUUUUCAAGCUCUCGAGUCAGACUGCUCCCUCCCCCUGGCGGCUUCUUUAGAAUGUCUGAUCCGCUCCAUCUCUUGCACUCUAAUCAACAUGCGCACAGUGAUCAAUUCUCAGCAAUAUUCGCCUACGCCUGGAACUACUGAGCUUUGUAAUCAAGACGUAGAUAGACACCCGAUUUCACCCGGUGAUGCAAUAUCUGAGACCAUUCGAAGAUUUUCAAGUAUUCUUGGACAAAUGGAUGAGGCGAUACUCAAUCGAAUGCUUUUACUCGAAGCUAACGAAUACCAUACCGACUUGGCCACAAUUGCUUCUCCAGCGGGAACUAAGAGGAACAUGCGGCGAACUGCCCAAGCCCGAAAACUUACGCUUCAACUUUCAAGAAAUCUUAGGCGAGUCGGCUCUCAGCUUGUUUCAUUCGUCUAUUGGACGGACAACUUCCUUCUAGCCAGCAUGGCGGAUUCCACUCGCGAUGACGUAUCAAAUGAUGGUUCCUCGAAAUCAAAUCAUGUUCAGCACGAGCAAACAUUCGAUGCUCUCAUUGAUGGUUGCGUAGACGUCGCGCAGGCCGCCUGGUCGAUAAGAGCCCAGCUUGCUCAAGCCCACGCGAUGCUCAGUGUACCAUCAAGCCUCACGCAAAACCACAGUAGGCGUCGCUCUUCGCCACCGUGCCGCCCCCGCAAAUCAACUGCCGCGCUAAGGUCAAAACCGAAACUACAAUACGAAGUGGGGGAUUCUUUGGGAAGGCGUUUACGGCAUCGGUCAGUUCGAAAGUUUCUACCAAGGAAGGCGACCGGCGUCAAUCACUCCAUCUCCCGAUUGGCAGCACUCCUUCAACCUAACAAUAGUCUCAAGGCCAUCCAAAUAGCUAGAUAUUUCCUUCAAAAGUGA